AUGACGGGAAUUGCUGAAGCACAGGUUGGCAAUGGACAACUACCCGUAGCGGAGCUUGACGCCGCGCUGAAGGAAGUCGCAGCCAUGCUGAUGCUGUCCAGGCAUGACGCCGUGCGACAAGAGCUAGAAAAAAUGCAGGCCCGAUUCGAGACAGAGCUCGUUGUGGCGAAGAAGGCGUUGGCUGCACCUGAGCUUGUGGUGACAGCACCUCCCUCACCCGCAGCCACAGCUGCAACCACCCCUGCGGCCACUGCUGUGGCCACCACGGCAGCACCUGCCCCCAAGGUAGUGGCAAAGGAGCUACAGCCCCCAGUUGCCGAAGUGCCACAACCAAAGCAACCGGUCGUACAAACAGCUUCCCUGCCGUGGACCGAGAUCACAAUGUUUUCGUUGGAUUUGGGGGAUGGGGAUAAGCCAGUUGUGACGGUCGACGUGAGGCUGCGGGGCGUGGAAGGCCUGCCACCGAAGGACAUCAGUUGUGACUUCACAGCAUCAUCCUUCGACCUUAAGGUGCUGGGGCUCGACGGCAAGAAUUACCGGUUCCGGAAGACGAACCUGGAAAAUGACAUCGUGCCCAGCAGCUCAACUUUCAAGGUGAAGAAAAAUCAUGUGAUCGUCUCACUUCAAAAGGUGAAGGGGCAGUUCGGUGGCUACGACGUCUGGCUGGAUUUGUGUGGGACGGGCCGGCGCAAGCCAACAGCUGAGGCUGAGGGUGAAGUGGAAGAGCCCAGGAAGGGGCCUCAAGAUGGCAUCCUGGACAUGAUGCGGGAACUCUACGAGACUGGUGACGACACCACCAAGAAGAUCAUAGAACAUGGCAUGCAACAGGCCAGCCAAGACACGACCCAGCAUACCCAGCUUGAUGCGGAGGGCGGAGAUGCAAAGGUCCCCCAAGAGGAGACUGAGACUGCAUCGGCUGAGGUCCCUCAAAGCAAAGGUCAAAAGUCGGAGCCAGAAGUUGACAAGACGAGCGACCCGAUGCAGAGUGCAGCACAGAGCGACCUUGACAAGGCCAAGGCUGCACUCCCUACUGGCCCUACUGGCUGCACACUCAACGAACCACACGAGCAUGCGCAUGAACACGACCACCAGCCUGGCUCGACAAUCUCCGGCACCGACAACAUGGAAGAGACAGAAAAGCUGCCUGUCACUUUGUUAAGCGGAUUUCUGGGCGCCGGAAAGACCACCUUGCUCACGCACGUGCUCAACAAUCGCGAAGGCAUGCGUGUGGCAGUUCUGGUGAACGAUAUGGCAUCCAUCAACAUCGAUGCAGAUCUCGUGAAGGACGGGGUGGAGCUGCAGGAGAACAAGGACAAGAUGGUCGAGCUCCACAAUGGCUGCAUCUGCUGCACACUCCGAGAAGAUUUGAUCGAAAGCGUCAAGGAGCUAGCCCUUGAGAAGCGUUACGAGCACCUGCUAAUAGAGAGCACUGGCAUCUCGGAGCCACUGCCUGUAGCCACGACGUUUGCCGCCGCGGAUGAGAAGGGGCGGCCCUUGCUGGGAGGUGUCGCACGCCUUGAUACCCUUGUGACCGUCGUGGACUGCAAAAACUUCUUGAAGGAUUACUGCUGUACGGACAAGUUGGCGAAUCGAGAAGAGUUGGGAGCUGAGGGGGACACACGAACCAUCGUCAAUUUGCUAGUGGAUCAGGCUGAGUUCGCCAACGUCAUAAUCCUGAACAAGACUGAUCUGGUCACCCCUGCAGAGCUGGGCAAACUCCGGGACAUCCUCCACCAGUUAAAUCCCAAAGCACGCAUGAUUGAAAGCGAGUAUGGGCAGGUGAGCCCGACAGAGCUCUUGAACACACGUAGCUUCGAUAUGAGAGAGGCAAGCAUGUCAGCUGGCUGGGCCCAAGAGCUGAUGGGAAACCACCACAAGCCGGAGACCGAGGAAUAUGGCAUCUCAAGCUUUGUCUACCGUGCUGAUAGGCCCUUCCACCCGGAGCGUCUCACCGACAUGCUCGGUACCUUCUCCUUUCCCGGCGUUCUCCGCUCCAAGGGCUUCGCUUGGUCCGCAGGAAAUAAUGAGAACGCUGUGGAGUGGAGCUCCGCUGGCCUCGCCGCUGACCUGAAGCCUGGCCCAAGGUGGCUCAUCACAACCACGCCGAAGUCGCAGUGGCCGCCACGGGCCCAGAAGUACAUCAAGAGCCGCCAUGGAGACAGGCGCACAGAGCUUGUUUUCAUUGGCGCCGACAUGGACGAGACAAAGAUUCGCGAGGCGCUGGACGGUGCCCUUCUGACCAAAAAGGAGUUCCAGAAAAACUUUGGUGGCCACUAG